AAAUAUUAAGAGUUUCUGGAAUGCUAUCCAAUCAAGGUUUUGGGGACUUUGACAGACUGCGGCAUAGAAGCCCUAGUCCUAUGGCUUCUUCAAACCUCAUGUCAAGUGUCACUGGAAUGGGAUUGGGUGGAUGGAAUAGUCUUCAGCCGGAGAGAUUACGUGGAACUCCUGGAAUGACCAUGGACUGGCAAGUUGCACCUGCAAGUCCUAGUUCUUACACAGUUAAGAGGAUUUUGCGCUUGGAAAUUCCAGUUGAUACAUACCCCAAUUUCAAUUUUGUCGGAAGGCUUUUGGGACCCCGUGGCAAUUCUCUAAAACGGGUAGAAGCUUCAACAGGUUGUCGGGUGUUUAUUAGAGGAAAGGGUUCCAUAAAAGAUCCUGACAAGGAAGAAAAAUUAAGAGGAAGACCGGGCUAUGAGCAUCUCAAUGAACCACUCCACAUUUUGAUUGAAGCUGAUUUACCUGCUAAUAUUGUUGACAUAAGGCUCCACCAGGCUCAAGAAAUUAUAGAAGAAUUGCUCAAACCUGUGGAUGAGUCAGAGGACUAUAUUAAGAGGCAGCAAUUGCGUGAAUUGGCAAUGCUGAACUCAAAUUUCAGGGAAGAGAGUCCUGGACCAAGUGGAAGUGUAUCUCCAUUCAAUUCUAGUGGAAUGAAACGAGCUAAAACUGGUCAAUGAAAGAAAGGUUUCCUUAUAGAUGGGUGUAAUCGUUUUACAGCACAUCUCAAUCAAAGCAAAGAAUUGAGAAUAGGCGUGUUCAAAUGAGUCUUUUUGUUGUACACUUCAUACAUUUAUUAUUGGAUUUAUUCUUGCGUCCGUAACUUGUGAGAAGCAUGAAAUAUAGAUUUGAUGGGUGAUGUUUUAGGUCUAAGUGGAUCAAGUUUUGUGGGCAUGUGACAUGUCAAGUUCAUUGGUAUUCAAAGAUUUACUGGUUAGCGUAGGCUGAAUUCUUUUUAGUUGUCUGUCUCAAGCAUUUGUAUUCUAUUCAGUGCGGUACAGUUGAACGAUACCAUGUAUCGUUGAUGGAAAACUGUUAUAUGUUUAUAUAAAAUAUAGUACAUAAUAUAUUUCUUGAGCGAAU